UUCUUCGUGUCUAAACUAAAAAAACAUUUCUUCAAUCUCUCCACAAUCUUCUUCGAUGAACCUUCGUUUCCCUUUUGAUUUCGAUAAACGAUGAUAAAUACGAAGACGAUAAAGACCUGACUUUGAGAGGGUUUUACGAAAAAAUCAAACUUUUUGAUUUCCUCCAAAAAGCCAUGAGACCGAUUCAAUCGUCUCCUCCUCCAGGAGUAUCUUCCCCUGUAAAAAACCGCUUACGCAAGCGUCCUGACCUCAGCUUACCACUCCCACACCGCGACGUCGCUCUCGCCGUCCCUCUUCCUCUCCCUCCUCCCUCCUCCUCCUCCACCUCCUCCGCUCCUUCAGCCACCGCAAUCUCCACCAACAUCUCCGCCGCCAAAAGCUUAUCCGAGCUAGAGCGCGUGAACAGAAUCGGAAGCGGAGCCGGAGGAACCGUUUACAAAGUCAUCCACCGUCCUUCCUCACGCCCUUUUGCUCUCAAGGUCAUCUACGGUAACCACGAAGACACCGUGAGACGCCAGAUCUGCAGAGAGAUCGAGAUCCUUCGAAGCGUAGAUCACUCCAACGUCGUGAAAUGUCACGACAUGUUCGAUCACAACGGCGAGAUCCAGGUUCUUCUCGAGUUCAUGGACCAAGGAUCCCUCGAAGGCGCACACGUGUGGCAAGAGCACGAACUCGCCGAUCUCUCACGGCAGAUUCUCAGCGGAUUAGCUUACCUUCAUCGCCGUCACAUAGUCCACCGAGACAUAAAGCCUUCGAAUUUACUCAUAAACUCGGCGAAAAACGUUAAAAUCGCCGAUUUUGGAGUUAGCCGGAUCUUGGCACAGACUAUGGAUCCUUGUAAUUCCUCUGUUGGGACCAUCGCUUAUAUGAGCCCUGAGAGGAUUAACACUGAUCUGAAUCAUGGACGGUACGAUGGAUACGCCGGAGAUAUCUGGAGCUUGGGUGUUAGUAUCUUGGAGUUUUACUUGGGGAGGUUUCCUUUUGCAGUGAGUAGACAAGGAGACUGGGCGAGUUUGAUGUGCGCUAUUUGUAUGUCUCAGCCGCCGGAAGCUCCGGCGACGGCGUCUCAGGAGUUUCGUCAUUUUAUCUCUUGUUGCUUGCAGAGUGAUCCUCCUAAGAGAUGGUCGGCGCAACAGCUUUUGCAGCAUCCUUUUAUACUUAAAGCUACCGGAGGUCCUAAUCUCCGUCAGAUGUUGCCGCCUCCUCGUCCUCUUUCUUCAUCUUCUUCUCCGGCGUCUUAAAGUUUUUACCUUUUUUCAUCGAAUCUUGGUUCCAUUUUUCUGAAUUUCCUGACAAAGAUAAAUGAGACUCUACUUUUGGUACGAUGUUGGCUCCUUUCCCUUACUUCUUACCAUUUCGGCUGAGCCACUUCCUUCUCAUUGUCGCUUUAACGGGUAUGUCUCUGCUUCUUAAUUCUCUAGACUGAAAUAGUUGUAGUUCUUCCUAGGUUGUUGUUGAGAAUAUUGUAGCUUUAGUUUCCGAAUACAAACUAUAUAUCGAAACCAGCGUUUUAUA